UCCUCCGAGCCGAGAAGCGAACCCAGACGAUGCGCCGCAGCAGAUAGGCGGCAAAUCACCCCGCGACCGGGGACCGGAGACCACUACAUCUUUUAUUUUAUUUCUUUCUUUCUUUCUUCUUCUUUUUUUUAACAACAUAACAAUCUCUCUACAAGUUCCACGUGAGAGCGCGGGCUGCUUGUCUGGCUCUCCGCUGUGUUUCUCUCAGUUUGGCUCGAAUUGAUUCUCGGGACUUCUCAUCAUUUGGGACCUUGAUUUUGUUGUUGUUUGUUUGUUUGUGUUUUCAUCGACUCCGCUGCUGAAGGAUUUGCGGAUUUACAGCCCGCGUUGAACCUGUGCAUCCUCACAAAGAGGAGGAGGAGGAGCGCGCAGCUCGCGUUGCGCAUUGCUUGGAAACCCACCGGAGCGCCGACAUGUCUCUCCGGGGAUGGAGCCGUGGACACGAGUGACAUCUUUUACGUUUUAAACACCUCUCGCGAGCCGGGCUCCUUUCUGAAGGACUUGACGACAUUACCCGCCUCCACACCACCACCACCACCCCACCUCCUCCUCUCCGGUUCCCCAGCCCGGCCUGACAUGUUGGAUGGUCUUUCUUCUUUCGAGAAAACAAGGUAAUGGGAGAGAAAUCACGCAGAGCCGGCGCGGACAACAAGGGGACAUUGUUCGAAAGGAGACAAUUAGGGCGCACCGAGAGGCACCAGAAAUAGCUGCUGGGUGGGGAGACGUGGCCGUGGAGUUAUCUUUUGGUGGAGGAGGUGUUCGAGAGGGAGAAGAAGAAAUAAAAGGAGGACUAACGACUAAUUGAUGGGCAAAGUCAUGUGAUUGGCACUGAAAUAGUCGGCUACGUGGACGCGCACAGCUCCCCGUCGCUUUUUUUUUUGGAGACGCCGGAAGCGCGGAUUUGAACAAGUUUCGCCAGCACAUUUCUGAUCAGAGCCAGCUUGUUCUUUUGUGUUGUUGUUGUUGUUGUUGUUGUUGUUGUUGUUGGUGGUGGUUUUGGUUCUUCGGGAUUCCCAUGAGGUGGCACACGGCGGGCUUUCACUUCACACUUUGACAUUAGAAGUUCGGCUGCACCUCCAUUGUUUUGAGAAAUCUCCUCCGUGAAUACUCAGAAGGAGCAAAACACACAGGAAAAAAAUAUAUAUUUAUAUAUAUUUGCCCAUUUCUUUUCCAAUGGGGCCGCAUGUGCUGGGCGUCAGGGUUGGAAUGGCGUGUCGAGGCAGUGGGAAUAGAUUUGGGAUCCUGCUGAUAUUCUUACUGGAUUUACUGGCGAAGACGGCCUGCAACAUGGAGCCCAUCUACUGGAACUCCCUGAACGAGAGGUUCAGGGACGAUAAGGGCUACGUUCUGUACCCUCAGAUCGGGGACCGGCUGGACCUCAUCUGUCCGCCGCUGGACGUGGCCAGGUCCACGCCGGAGUACGAGUUCUACAAGCUGUACCUGGUGUCGGUGCGGGAGCAGGCGGACCGCUGCGAGGUGAGCGGCACCCCCAACAUCGUGCUGACCUGCGACGAGCCGGCCCGCGAGCGCCGCUUCACCAUCAAGUUCCAGGAGUUCUCGCCCAACCUCUGGGGCCACGAGUUCAACACCAUGCAGGACUAUUUCAUCAUCGCUACGUCAGAUGGGACGCGUCAAGGCCUGGAAAGCAUGAGAGGCGGAGUGUGUGCCACGCAAGGCAUGAAGGUGGUCCUGAAAGUGGGGCAGAGCAAAUACGGGCCCCCGAAGAAAGAGCCGCCGGCCGGACGCACCACCAACAGGAACCCAGCCCCACCGGGGCCCCCCACCCCCAAAAACCCCCAGCCCACGCUCAUCAUCCCGGCUUUCUCCCUACUACAAAAGCUGCCAGUGGGAACAAUGAGCGCGGAGAAUGGUGUGUGUCCAGGGAGGCACUGA